AUGACCACUUCUGCUAUGGCGACUGACAAUCCAUUUGUCGAUCCGGCCUCCAGCUUUGAGGACGGCCGGGGCAACUCAUUCGAAGGCUCCACCGUAUCCGUUGCGCGAGACGCAUCGCUGACUUUAGGCACCGAUUCUCUCAUCGUGCUGGAUGAGGCCUUUGAGAAGAGAGAUCGUUCCAAUUGUUGCGGACUAUGGCCUUCGGGAUCCGCCAACACCCGCGCAAUACCUUUCUACAACGUACUAUGGGCCGAGCUCAAGGACUCCGAGCUUACAAUACAAUAUGCCUCACCAAACUCCAAGAAAUCGGUCAGAGCGGCUACACUUAAAUACCCAAUCGAAUACCAGAUGGUAGAGCUGGUGAACAAAUGGGUGAAGAAGCUGUUAGAUCGUUCAUACGGCGAAUCUCAACAGAGGAAGAGGGCGAAAGUCCUGGUCAAUCCGCAUAGUGGCAAAGGAAGUGCGGAAAAGUGGUAUUUCCGGGAUGUCGAGCCUCUGUUGAAAGCAGCGCAAAUUACUAUCGAUAUGGUCAAAACGAGACACAAAGGGGAGGCGGUUGAUAUCGCAGAGAAGAUCGACAUCGAGGCGUUCGAUAUUGUUGCCUCCUGCUCUGGUGAUGGACUUCCCCACGAGGUUUUCAACGGACUGGGGAAGAGACCUGAUGCAAAGAAGGCACUUUCCAAGAUUGCCGUGGUGCACAUUCCAUGUGGGAGUGGUAACGCCAUGAGCUGCAACUUGAACGGUACGGACAGUCCGAGUUUGGCUACUUUGGCUAUCAUCAAGGGCAUUCCUACACCCUUGGACUUGAUUUCAAUCACCCAAGGAGAUACCAGAACUCUCAGUUUCCUCUCACAGUCUCUUGGUAUUGUGGCAGAGUCGGACCUGGCUACUGAGCAUUUGCGAUGGAUGGGUGGUCAAAGAUUCACAUAUGGAUUCUUGGUUCGACUAAUACGGAAGGCCCUCUAUCCUUGUGACAUCGCAAUAAAGGUGGCUAUUGAUGAUAAACCAUCAAUCAGGGAACAUUAUAAAAAGGAGCAGAGAAACCACGAACCUGCGGGUGAGCGACGAGGGUAUAAGUUUCUCUUGGACGACGAUGCAUCCGCCAGUACUGGCAGUGGCAGUGACGAUAGUCUUCCUCCGUUGAGAUAUGGAACGGUCAAUGACAAGUUACCGCAAGGGUGGGAGCUGGUUCCUUAUGACAAGCUUGGGAACUUUUAUUGUGGAAAUAUGGCCUACAUGGCCUCAGAUGCAAACUUCUUCUCGCCAGCUCUUCCAAAUGACGGCUAUAUGGAUCUCGUCUGCAUCAACGGGGACAUCAGCCGCCUUGAAGCGAUGCAAAUGAUGUUUGCACUCGAGGGCAACAAGUUAUUUGACAAGCCCGGAGUUUGGUACCGCAAGAUUACCGGAUACCGUAUCAUUCCCAAGAACCAAGAGGACGGCUUCAUUAGUAUAGACGGCGAACGUGUUCCUUUCGCGCCAUUCCAAGCAGAAAUACAUAAAGGACUGGGAACGGUCCUCUCAAAAACAGGCCAUAUGUAUGAGGCGCCAGGGCCGGUCUGA